AUGUACUUUGUGGAUGAGCCGAUGUUUGAGGACGAUGUCUUUCAUACGAGAUAUCGUAUGUCGAGGAGGUUGUUUUUCAAAAUCGUGGAAGAUAUCACUGCAGCAUUUCCGUGGUUUCGGUCUUCGGCAAAUGCGGCGGGUAUUAGAGGGUUCUUGGCGAUUCAAAAGUGCACGUGCGCGCUACGGCAACUAGCGUACGACAACCUCGCCGACAACUAUGAUGAGGGGUUGGCGUUCUCUACUAGAACGACACGUGAGUGUCUAGACAACUUUUGCAUUGCCGUAAAGUAUCUUUAUGGUGAAGAGUAUUUGCGUUCCCCGACUAGCCACGAUGUUGCGCGUUUAUAUGAGGUGCAUGAAGCCGACAUCAUUUACCUGGCAUGA